AAACAUCUUAUUCUCGUCUUCUUUUUUCAAGUUGUAUCCUCUGUAUUUUGUCCGCAAUUUGUUUGAAAAGGAAAACCAAAUAAAUGGAUUGUCCAUAGUAAAAAGGGCUCCUGGAAGAAACGAGAGAGGAGGGAGGGAGAGCAUGAAGUUGGUUCUGCUAGUAGUUCUCCUCCAGGUUGCCUUCAGUUUCCUCCUGGUUCACUCCGAGAAGGAUGGCAAAUUGAGCCCCAAGACAUGCGAGGAAUUAGGGUUCACGGGCCUCGCCCUCUGUUCCGACUGCAACACCUUGGCGGAAUACGUCAAGGACGAUGCACUGGUAUCCGAGUGUCGGAAGUGUUGUACCGAGGAUUCUGAUGAUUCCAUGAGUAAGGUUACAUACUCUGGUGCAAUAUUGGAGGUCUGCAUGAGGAAACUUGUAUUUUAUCCUGAAAUUGUGUCCUUCAUCGAAGAAGACAAAGAUCAGUUUCCAUAUGUGAAAGUUCAAUAUGCUUAUGCUUCACCCCCGAAACUGAUCAUGGUCAAUGAGGAUGGUGAAACCAAAGAAACAAUAAGAAUUGACAACUGGAAGCGCGAGCAUGUGCAGCAGUUUUUGAGAGAGAAGGUGAAACCAAGCAGAGAGUCGAGCUAAAACUGGGUGCCAAUCCUCCUGUUUUUACAGAACAUGUGCAUCCACCAAUUCCUAGCAGAAUUUGACUCAUAAUUAAUUUUUGGAAAUUCUUCUGUUCCUUCUGUACUUCCAUAGUUGUUACUAGUCUCUAUUUGAGAUGCGAAAAGUAGAAAAAGUUCGGCCGUGCAACCUUUCCUACUGAAAGAAAGGAGGCUUCGCGAUUCAAAAUUGUUGUGCUUGUUGUAUUGGACAGGAAACUAGCACCUCAUCUAAUUCUGUUGCACGUCCCUCCGGCAAA